AUUGAUGGCCACGUCUGUGAGGUUCCGUGGUUAGGGUGGGCACACUUAUUAUUUUCACUCUGCAUGUUGGUAGAUGCAGUCCCAUGAGUGAUCAGCAGUCUAUUCCGUUUCCUAACAUGUACAACUUGCCUGUCAGUAGCAGGCCAACUGACGCUCAGCACAUGGCAAUGCCAUAUCUCCCUCAGCCAGGUUCACGUUUAGAAAAUGUAGCUAUGCCGACGGCUCAAGGCCCAUUCUAUCCUAUCCGCAACAUGGAUCAUCGCUACAUCUGCGGAUUACAACCGUUUUUUUGUCCCAUGCCCUUUGAGGUCCAGCAGCAUGAACACAUGAGUAUGGCGGCUCAUACUGAUUACGGACAUUUUCAGCACCAACUUAACUUCAGCCCCCUAGUACCCCAAGUUGCGAAUAUCCCAAAUCAGUCAAAUGCAAUCCAUACUUCAAGUGACAGCAUGUCUAUACCAGUCAGAGAGAGAAGACCACUUGAUGUGAUUGACCCACAGACCAAAUCUGCAGUAAAUCUAGAAGAAGCUUCAAAAUCUCCUUCAGAACCACGGAAAAGAUUACCUUUGUUACCCCAGCUCAUAUUAGAUGAAUCGCCACCGAUUAUGGAAAAAGAAACAGAAAAAUCUUGUGCUGAUUUUAAGGACGAGGGCAUAUCAAGUACCGAAACAGUAUCACAUGAGGAUUGCGAGACGAAGGAUAUCGUCUCAGAAAUAACACGUGUCGAGGUAUCUGAAGGCAACAGACGCACCUCAUAA